CAGGUAUGGCGGUGGUGAUGAAUGUAAAUCUUCCGCUUCGCUUUACGGAGAAUGCAAAUGAUGGUAUGGUUUGUUGCAGAAUUAACGUAAAACAUGACCAACGAAUAGCGUGUUGUGUGGGGUUGCGUAGAUUCGAUCGUGUCUGACUGGGGAGUGCACUAUAUGGAGAUUAUUUUGAGACAUUUCCGUCAACAGCUUCACGUGUGCUUUAGUCUAAAUGCUUUAUUGAUAAACUAUUGUUUAUUAAGUCUCUUUUUUCUGAUACAAAUGGGGGAAAAUGAGAAAUCUCCUUGAUACCAUUUGUUAAAGGAUGUAGCAGCGCCAACAUGUUUUCCAACCGGGAGAAAUAAAUUGAAGUCAUUUUAUAGAAACGCUGUCCACCCUGCUCGCGAUUCGAAGAACAUCCCGCUCGCAAUAAGUGGUUCGAAAUCGCAGAUGCUUUGGUGGAGUGAAUUAUGGAAUUAAUUAAAACUUUUCACCCAACCCAACGGGAGGAAAGUCAUCCACUCGCGACCGGUAUGGUUAUUCGUUGUUUCACCCUCGCCCAGAUAUCUUUGGUGUUCUUGCCAGGAUUUUGGGAAGAAAGUUUACGUCGCCCGUUUGGACGUUCGUGGGCCAAGCACAACAAAUUGAUAGCAGUUGUCCGUGUUCAUGCUCGCGUGUUGGGUCGAUUAGUUGUGUAGGUUUAUUGUUGUGGUUCGAAUAAGGUUCGUUAAUAGAACUUCUCGUUCCAUAAUUGUUGUGCUGCCAAAUGUUUAGCUGUACGAUUGUUUAAUUGGAGAAGCAGUUCGUGCUAUUUUUAUUAAUUUAAUUGCAGUUCGACGGAAUAGUAUCUGUUGAUACCAUAAGAGAAAUGGAAAGUCGGACGUGUAGGUUUUUUUAUACAACAAAAAUUGUUCGACAUAUCGUUCACGAGGAUCAGGAAGUAUUGAAUAUAUAUUGCAAAGCAAAUUAGGCACGACAGACAUGCACAAAUCCAGCUGAACGAAGAAAAUGCCUAUGUCAAGUCAGUUGUAUAACAUUUACAUGUGUAAUCGUGUACUAAAAUGUCAGGUUGAAAAAUGUAGUUCUAAACUUUAUGUGUUGCCAUAGUGAGCUCAGCUUCAAACAAUUUAGACCAAAAUGACUUAUGAUGACUUAAAAAUGCUAAUCACACACGAAAUAUGGAAUGUUGAUUAUUGUUUAAGAGGCGUUUCUUUGAGGAUGACUGAGUGCGCGCAGUAGCGCCCUCUAGCGAUCAGCGCUGCUGUUAAUUGGUAGACCGUAGCGUUCGCGGGAUGUCCGUGCGCAUUGUUGAUUUAUGGAAAGCGUCAAAAAACGACAAGCUACCGCACACCAAAUACUAGUGGCAUUCCAUUUCGGCACACAAGAGCAAAAGCGCGAAUAGCGGAAGUUGAUAUUUUAUUCAUGAAUACCCGUCGACAACCAGAGCGAGCAAGUUUUCAAAGAGGAUGAACAGGACAAAGAAGCUCAUCCUGCAGCCCUCGUCCUGCGAUGAGUGGCGCUAUUUCGUGCCCAUCCAGUUCAGCGGAAGGCUCAACUAUAAUCGAUUGCGGUGGGGAACCAGCUGGCGAUAGACAGUCCGCUCACUCUGGUAGCCGUGACUGCCCUUGUGUGCUUUCAUAAUUGACGGAUCACAGCGCUGGCGCUGGCUAGAGUGAAAAGGGCUUGCAGCAUAGGAAAGCACCUGUAUGAUGAGACGGUUCGAUAGAAUUCGCCGAAUUAUUCUCCCGUCAUCUCGGGCUCUAACAUGCUAAAAAGCUGGCAGGUUAGUUACCUGCACAGCGACUACACAGCAGCAUCCGUCAGCAGCAGUGGCCCCAAAAUGAUGUCAGAAAUGUUAUUAUUCCGCUGCCCCGUGAUGACAAGCGAAGGCGCGUUCUUUCUUGCCUGGUAAGAAAAAAGCGGUCCAAUACGUUGGUACGCAUCGUGUCCCGUAUGCGCGAAUGUGCAUGCACUAAAAUAUUCAACGAUUUAAUUUUCCGCGCUAGACCCGGUUGACGGAGCCGCAAAGGAAGACGGUGGACGUGCACACAUACACCACACUCGGUGGGACUGAUCUCGCUUGUGUCGGUGUGCGCUCAAGGUAUUCACCAAACGUAACGCGUUGCGUGCGUGUAGGAUCGCUUUACAUCUCACCGUUGCUUUGCUAGUCAGCAGACGCAACCUCAUCUGCCUCUGCAUUGAGCGACCCAUAGAGCGUACAGAGAUUGAAUAUUGAUAGCUCAAUUAUUGAGGUCGGUGCUCGGCCAGGCACACCGGUAGUGGUGACAACCGUUUUGAGUACCGCAAGGGUCUACGCAGCCACUCGCUAUCACGGGCCGGCAGUGCGGGCUAAUAAUCAAAGCUUGUAGUGAGUUGAAACAAAAACAGGCGAAGGUGCAAGCGUUAGUAGUUACAGGCGGCAAUUUGGUGCAAUAAACUACAGCAUGAAGGGUACCUGGUUCAGUGUAAGAUACCGCCAGACGCGUUACAGUUCGAGGCGGAUUCGGAAGCGCGUGAUCUUCAAGCAGGGUGAUUGUAACGUGAUUCAAGGAAAUGUAGCAAAAAGACGUCGUCGUUAUUUACAGGACAUUUUUACUACGCUGGUGGACAUUCAGUGGAGAUGGACUCUGUUUGUUUUUGCUUGCUCCUUCAUACUGAGCUGGUUGGGAUUCGGCGCCCUUUGGUACCUGAUCGCAUUAAGCCAUGGAGAUAUACAAGCAGCGGGUGAUGAUAGCCACAAACCCUGUGUGACGUACAUAUAUGGGUUCACUUCGGCGUUUUUGUUUUCUCUUGAGACCCAGCACACGAUAGGUUACGGUAAUCGUUACAUUACCGAGGAAUGCCCGGAAGGUAUAUUUAUUUUAGCCUUACAGAGUAUUACCGGCGUUUUUAUUCAAGCAUUUAUGGUGGGUAUCGUGUUCGCGAAGCUAUCUCGGCCGAAAAAGCGUGCCCAAACGUUACUAUUUUCCAAAAAUGCUGUCAUCUGCCAUCGGGAUGGUAUGCCGUGCCUGUUGUUCCGCGUUGGCGAUAUGAGAAAAAGUCACAUCAUCGAGGCACACGUGACGGCCCAAAUUAUUCGCCGCAAGGUCACCAAAGAAGGAGAAAUUCUUCCAUUUUACCAGCAAAAUAUGGAGGUCAGUUGUGACGGUGGCGAUGAUCGGUUAAUGUUUAUCUGGCCAACGAUUGUGGUUCACAAGAUCGAUCGCGAUAGCCCACUUUACACCUUGUCUGCACAAGACAUGCUUCGGGAGCGUUUUGAAAUUGUUGUUAUGUUGGAGGGAGUUGUGGAAUCAACUGGUAUGACUACACAAGCACGCAGCAGCUAUCUGCCAACCGAAAUUCUUUGGGGACAUCGUUUCGAAUCUGUGGUCACUUUCAAGCGGGAAACAGGAGAAUACCAGGUCGAUUACACCACAUUCAAUAACACAUACGAGGUUGAUACACCUUUGUGCAGCGCCCGUCAGUUGCACGAUGUGAAAAAGGAGCUAAACAAACAAAACGGUGUAACUGAAGUGUCUUCCGAUAGCGAAGAAUCCGAUACAUCGUCAGCCGACAACGUAUCAUCUCGCAAGAACUCGCUCAGCAAUGGUUAUCUGCGCUUCACGCCUGUUUACACCAGCGCAAACGAACAUUCCGGAAUGAAUGUUACCAAUGGAGUGGUUGGUGAUCCGAUGGUACUGCCACCGGUCAUUAUCGCUCCCGAUGCACCUACCGUAUCACCCGGAAGUGAGCGAAAGAAGAACUUACGGAAGUUAUCCAUCAAGGAACCCUCGAUGGAUUCGCUCUGUUAGCAGUAACAUCGAUUAGAUCGUGUGCGCGAGUGUCACGGUGCCAUCCUCCCUCGGUUCGUUCGCUCGUUCGUCUUCGGGACGCCAAGUUGCAGAAACAGAUUCAAUCGUGACACGAAUGAACGAUCAACCUAGGAGGCCAUGUAUGAAUAGCAUAAACGUAUCUACUACUAGUACUUUUGGGCCAGGAAUCUCAAACCACUAGGAUCGGCUUGUUUAGCAAACAGCGUAUACCGAGGAGUGGAGUGACGACUAUUAGUGUGAUCGUAUCGUGUUUGUCUCAGCUGCAUUAGGUUCUGUUCCAUUUAUCUUACCUUCGUGUAACGAUCGGUCAGAGCUUAUUUUAUUUUUAACUAAUUUCCAGUUCUUUGUUUAAGUAAAGGUAAAAUAGCGUUUUGGUGUGUAAGGAAAAAAAUGUGCGCGUCAGGCGCUAGAUGAAAUAGAAAAGUGAAAAAGCGUUGAUAAUAGAUAGCAACUAAUAUAGAAACGAAACUUAGACAAUGUUUUAGUCUUUUGGAUCGCGAUCAUAGCCUAUUAAUGCAACGAAUUGGGCACAAUGCGUGAAGGGUGCUGUAGCCGAUGUUUCAAAUAAAGCAAGCAAAAAGCGAUCUAUAGUGCAA